AUGUCAGGUACAGAGAGAGAUUCCGAAUACAAUAACAGAGGUAGAUCAAGAUCACCUGUACGUCGUCAUAAUCACAAUGACAACUACGAUAACAAUGAUUCCAACAAUAACGACAACAGAAACUCAUAUGGUGGUGAUAGAAGGAAUAACAAUAAUAAUAAUGGCGGUGGUAGAAGAAGAAGACAAGAUAAUAACGACUCAUAUCGUGGUUCGAGAUAUAAUAAUGGAAACGAAAGUCGUGGAAGAUUUAAUGAUAACGAAAACAGAAAUAAUAACAGUAAUAGUAGAUAUGGAGGCCGUGAUGAUUAUGGUAGAGGCCGUUCCAAUUCAGGUUAUGAAAACGAUAGAAGAAAUAGUAGAUUCACACAGAAAGGUGACUAUGGCCCAGUACUAGCUAGAGAAUUAGAUAGUACGUACGACGAAAAAGUGAACAGAAACUAUGCUAAUAGUAUCUUUGUUGGGAAUCUAACUUAUGAUUGUACCCCUGACGACUUGAGAGAUUUUUUCUCUUCUGUGGGGGAAGUUGUUCGUGCUGAUAUCAUUACUUCAAGAGGUCAUCAUAGAGGAAUGGGUACUGUGGAAUAUACUAAUCCACAGGAUGUCGAUGAAGCAAUUCGGAAGUUCGAUAGCUCGGAAUUUAUGAAUCGUCCAAUCUUUGUAAGACAAGAUAAUCCACCACCAGAAAGUAAUCGUGAUCGUAACGGUGGAAGAAAUAAUCAACAAAGAAGACAACCAGAAGAAAGAUCUCAAUACCAACAACAACAACAACAAAAUCCAAGACAAAGGCAAAGAUUACCAUCAUUUGAAGUCAUCAUUAAUAAUUUACCUCGUUCAAUAAACUGGCAAGCCCUAAAGGAUAUGUUUAAAGAAUGUGGUAAUGUCACAAGAGCUGAUGUAGAGUUGGAUAGUAACGGUUAUUCUACUGGUGUAGGUAAAGUUAUUCUAACGAAACAAGCAGAUUUAGACGAUGCAAUUAAACGUUAUAAUGGUUACCAAAUUGAAGGUAGUGUUCUAAGUGUUGUGCCAGGUAGAGCAUCUGGUCCUGUAUCUGAAAUUCACAACAGAUAUGAUAAUACUACUACUACCACCGCCACUACCAAUGGUAAUAGUAACAAUCAUACAUCAGCGUCAUCAUUUAGCGCUGAUGGAUACGAAGCAAACGGUCCACGUAGUAACUUUAUCUUCUGUAGCAACUUACCGGAAUCUACAGACAGAAAGGAUUUAUAUGAUUUAUUUGAAACUAUGGGUAAGUUGACUAACGCCGAGUUGAAGAGAGGUGCUAAUAAUGAACCUACAGGGAUUGCUGUUGUGGAAUAUGAAAACAUCGAUGAUGCAGAUGUUUGCGUAGAAAGAUUAGAUAAAUACAAUUAUGGUGGCUGUGACUUGGGUAUUUCUUAUGCUGUUAAAAGAUAA